AGUUCCUAUUCCACCACAAUAAACCAACACGUGAGAGUUCACUAAUGUGAAACAGACUAAAGUGUGUGAAAAUGGACGAAGAACUAACGGGGGGCUACAGCGAAAUCUGUGGCCAGUGUGGAGAGGUGGACUGGGGGGUGUCGGAUGAGGGUCGGUUCUACUGCAGGUCCUGUCAUAAUGUCAUCGAGAGAACAAAAGAAGUGGUGGAUACAAACACUUUUAUGAUUGGUGCCAGCAGAGUGUCCUCCAUCUCCAAGGGAACCAGAAGGAAAAAACUAGAGCAAGGGCGAGAGUGGAUGGUGUGUGAGGGCUUUCAGUUCAUCCUGAAGCACCAGGCUGAGGCUCUUCUGGCCAUGGGAGUCUGCCCACAGUUCAAGGAUGACGUGCUGUGUCAGUUUUGGAGAAUGUACUUACAGAAGAGCCGACAGGCCUACACCAAGAAUCCUGUGCAUGAUGGGAAAUUUAGACUGCGUUCUCAGGGCUCUGGGGAGUCAGACAGUGCUCCGGAGUCGUCAGUGAUGAGCGACUCUAUGACGUCUGCCUCUGAGACAGACGGGGAUGGAGAUUGGGCCAGUGGAGGAGGCUCUGUCUCAGAUUACACCAGUGACGGAGCCUCCUCGGUGUGUUCCGGUUCUAUUGAUGCCGUCUCGUACCUGACCCCGCGCCAGAGGAGGAGCCAGGGGUUGAUGAGCAUGCCCAAGACCCUGGCACUGUGCCACCUGGCCCUGCUGUGGGCUAGAGAGGCCAUCACACUGGCAGACCUGCUCAGGUUUGUGAAUGAGGGCCACAUCCCCUAUGUGAACGCCUACGAGGACUUCCCAGAGGAGAUGAAGCUCUACGGCCGAGACUCACUCAUCUUCAGAGUGGAGUCUAUCCCCUCUUACAGCCACCUGCACAAGGAGGCCCAGACCCUGGCUGUAUUCCUGGAGCUACCCCUCUUCCCCCCCAUCACCCUGGACUGCCUGCUGCACCCCUCCCUGCUCAGUCUCCGCUACCUCACCGAAGCCAACCUGCCCGAUGAGCUGCAUGACUGGGUGUGCAGGAUUAUGGAGAAGGCUGGUAUGGAGUCGUCCGUGACCUUUGAACCCAUGAGGUCCAACUCUCUUCUCCCACACUACGAUGUCCAGGCUGCUGCCCUGAUCAUCAUCGCCAUGAAGCUGCUCUUCAAACUAGACGACCACACUGAGUGGGAUUUAUCCAAUGAUGCAAGUGACAAGAACAAGGAAAACCCAGAUGUGAACAGCUUUAACCUGAGGAGGUGGUACAGGACAAUGCAGACUGCCCUGACCACAGCUGUACGGAGACAGCAGGACAACAUAGCCAGAAAGCAUUGGAAGGCCCAGAAACCUCUAUACACCUCGAAGAAAGACAAGUCGGUCGUUCUCAAAAGGAGACGUAUUGCAGAGCAGCUCCAGUUGAGUUUCCAGAAACUGUCUGGUUCCCCUGUGCCCCCACCAUCCUCCCCUCCCUCCAGCUUCUGUUUCCGCUGGAGUGAGGAGGGGGAGGAGGUCUGGGACGGGCCCAGCCUGCACCACCAGACCCUGGACAGCAGCGUCCGGCAGAGAGGGGCAAGCCUCCAGCCCUCCAACCCAAAAUACUGGCACCCAGCCCUGAAGGCCUGCAAGCCCAGGUUUUGUAAGAGCCACUAUGCGGAGGUAGAGGUCACUCUCCCCAGGAUGUACGUGUGGCUGUUGAACCUCUUCUCCUUCCUCAUGGGGGUGAAACCUGGCUGUGUAUACGAAGAGGUACUGAAGGUGGAGAGACACUUCCUCGGGAGCAGCAAGUCCCAGCCCAGGGCAAGAGCUACACCCAGAAAGACACAGCCCAAAAAACUACCCAAACGCAAACAAACCAGAAAAACAUGUUCUAGGUGACUAAAGAGAGAAUGACUUCAUCGGGAACAACUACUGUCGAUUAAUUUAUGGUUCUUGUAUCGAUGCAAAUUGAUUGUACAAAAAAAAAGGCACAAAUUGCCUCAUUGCAUUGCCAAGGAUGAAUGGUAAUGCUCCUGUGAUUACAAUGCAAUAUGAAGUUCAUGAAAAUGGAAUUUUAAAAUUAUAUUAAACUGUUAUGUUAUUACAAUGUUA